AUGCCACCUCGUUAUCUUCUCACCCAAGCGCAGAGCUUUCUGCCCACCUGCGCCUGCCGAAUCCCGGCCGUUCUCCCCGCAUUCCCCCUUCGCACCCAAGCCCGAUUCGCAUCCCUUCUCGGCGACCUCCAGAACGUCCCGACUUCCUACAGCAAAGCUAUUCGACUUGGACGAGGUCCGUCGUCAGGGAAGGGCAAAACCUCCGGACGGGGUCACAAAGGACAGAAACAGCAUGGAAAGGUGCCCGCGGGAUUCACAGGUGGACAGACGAAGCUGGAGGUGACGAAUCCGACGCGAGGAAAGGACAAUGAGAAUUUCUCAUCGGAUCUAGCGCCGUUGAACAUCGACCGCAUACAGGAAUGGAUCGAUCAAGGCAGGAUAGACCCGUCGAAGCCCAUUACAAUCAGAGAACUCUAUCGGUCGAGAUGCGUGAACCGAAUUGGAGAGGGCAUCAAGCUGCUUGGUCGCAACUCCACCGCGCUUCGCUCGCCUAUCCAUAUCACCGUCUCCCGUGCAUCUUCAUCCGCAAUCGCGGCAGUUGAGAGGGCCGGAGGCACCGUCACCACUCGAUACUAUACCGAGUUUUCUGUAAAGAAGAUCUUAGCCGGCCUUAUGCACCCGACAAUCUCUCUCCGCUCCCACCCGACCACUCAACCUUUCGAACUCCCCUUUGCGAGCGGCACUUCAUUUCCGAUUCGGGAUCAAUCGCUCCUUGCUCUGCCCCGUACCUCCAACGAGGGUGAAAUUUUUAAGUAUCGAUUGCCGGACCCCAUCCGACGAAAGGAUCAAGAGUACUAUCGAGAUGCUGCUCAUCGAGGAUACUUGCAGCACGAGGUCGCUGAAGGAGAAGGACCGAGUCUGUUCUUCCGGCCAAGGCCGGAAGGUAUCCCGGUGGCGCGUACAAAGAAGGUCAAGAAGGUGGACGAGAACAAGUUGUGGUAA